AUGAUCUUUACUGGGGCUGUACCCUUCAACGUCGCUGUUCCAGACAACCUCACUGUGCCACAGUUAAUCCUCGACGAUCUGACCAGGCAUCCUACAAGACCUCGUAGACCGAAAGACGUGCCUUGCCUCAUCGAUGAGGACACGGGUGCAUCCAUCUCGCUCGCCGAGAUGAUUACACGCACGGACGCAUUCGCGAGAGCUAUGCAUUCGAUCUGGCACAUAGGACCGGAUGACGUUGUCGCGUUAUGUGCGCCUAAUCAUAUAGACUAUGGCAUCGCGAUUUGGGCAGCACAUCGGCUGGGUGCUGCAGUCGCUCUGAUCAGCCAAUCGGUGACGUGCUCCGAGCUAGAGUACCAAUUGCGCAUCGUCAAGCCCUCUUUAAUCAUAGCCCACGCGGACAACGUCCAUAUCGCUUGUGAAGCAGCGACUUUGGUCAACGUGCCUCAUUCUUCUGUCAUAGUACUCGGCGCGCAGAACGCACUGCACCAAUCUGUGGAGUCCGCAGAUGAUAUCAUCGAGAGAGGGUUGGGCAUGCCACCAAUGGAUGAACAUCACCUGAAACCUGGUGAAGCACGGAACAAGAUCGCAUUCCUCUUGUUCUCGUCGGGAACGAUGGGAAAGCCGAAGGCUGUCGCUGUUUCCCACUACAACAUGAUCUGUAUCGUGAUCCAAACUGCUGUCUUCAAUAGUUGGAACGAAGAAAACGUACCUGUGCAGGACAGAAGGUACCGUCCAGGAGACAGAUGCGCAUCUGUGGUGCCGUUCUAUCAUACAUAUGGUCUGGUGGCGAACCUACUUUUCGCCAUAUAUGGCGCCAUGACCAUCAUCGUCAGCUCGAAGUUCCAUUACGAAAAGCUGCUGCAAAGCAUUGAACGCUAUCGCAUUACCCAUCUAUUCCUGGUGCCUCCUCAGCAUCCGGCCACGGCCAAGUACGACCUGUCGAGUUUGCAUUAUUGCGUGGUGGCAGCCGCGCCACUGUCAGCCGAGGUCACGUCUCAAUUCUUGGCGGUAUUGCCCAAGAUUCAAGUAGGGCAACUAUAUGGCCUGACAGAGACAUGUGCGAUUACAACGUCUCCCACCUCGCAGAAGGUCGGUACUCCGGGAAGCGCAGGUCAGCUCGUAUGCGGUACCCUCGCGAAGGUGGUCAAGCCGGACGGAACACUCGCAGGCUACAAUGAGCCGGGAGAGCUGCAUGUCAGCGGCGGACAAAUUACAUUGGGCUACUAUGGAGAUGAGGCAGCGACGCGGGAGAGCUUCGUAGAUGGGUGGUUCCGUACCGGUGACGAAGUCAUCAUCCACGAAAAUGGUGACAUGUUCAUUAGUGACCGAAUCAAGGAACUCAUCAAGGUCAAAGGACAUCAGGUGCCGCCCUCGGAACUGGAGGGACACCUUCUCGAUCAUCCUAGCAUUGCCGAUGCUGCCGUUAUCGGAAUACCGGAUGACUAUGCUGGAGAAGUUCCCCUCGCGUAUGUUGUUCUCCGACCGGAAGUGGCAGAUGCGGUACGGAAAGACCCGGAUGUAGCAGCACAAGUGCAAUCCAGCAUUCACAAGCAUGUGUCCGAUGCAAAGUCGGAAUACAAAUGGCUCAAAGGCGGGAUCGAGUUCGUCGACUCCCUUCCCAAGAGUCCCAGUGGAAAGAUCCUGCGACGCUUGCUCCGUGAGCGUGCGGCCGCCACCCGUGUGCCCCGCUCUCGUCUGUGA